AUGGCGAGCACGUCGAGAAUCGAGGCAAAUAAGGUGGUGUGUUAUGCUCAUCCAGAUGCUCCGCUUAUUGAGGAUUAUCGAGCGGGUGACAUGAUAUGCUCUGAAUGCGGUCUCGUCGUUGGUGACAGAGUUAUAGAUGUGGGUUCAGAAUGGCGUACAUUCAGCAAUGAAAAAUCAGGUGUUGAUCCAUCUCGUGUUGGUGGGCCUGAAAAUCCACUUCUUUCUGGGGGUGAUUUAUCUACGAUAAUUGGUCCUGGCCGGGGCGAUGCUUCAUUUGACAGUUUUGGAGUGUCAAAGUAUCAAAACAGAAGGAACAUUAGCAGUACGGACAGAGCAUUGAUAAAUGCCUUUAGAGAAAUAAAUACUAUGGCAGAUCGGAUAAACUUGCCAAAGACUAUUGUUGACAGAGCAAACAAUUUGUUUAAACAGGUACAUGACGGUAAAAACUUGAAAGGCAGAGCAAAUGAUGCAAUAGCAUCUGCUUGCCUCUAUAUAGCAUGUCGACAAGAGGGAGUGCCUCGUACAUUCAAGGAAAUAUGUGCAGUCAGCAAAAUCAGCAAAAAAGAAAUUGGGCGAUGCUUCAAAUUGAUAUUGAAGGCGCUAGAGACAUCUGUGGAUCUUAUUACAACAGCCGAUUUCAUGUCUCGUUUCUGUUCCAACCUUGGACUACCAAAUUCUGUUCAACGAGCGGCCACACAUAUUGCGAGGAAAGCUGGCGAACUGGAUAUUGUGUCUGGAAGAAGUCCUAUAUCCGUGGCUGCUGCUGCAAUUUAUAUGGCGUCACAGGCAUCUGAAGACAAGCGCAGCCAAAAAGAAAUCGGCGACAUAGCUGGUGUGGCAGACGUAACUAUAAGACAGUCUUACAAACUUAUGUAUCCUUACGCAAGUAAAUUAUUCCCAGAUGACUUCAAAUUCGCAACACCAAUUGAAUUCCUUCCGCAAAUGUAA